AUGUCGUCGUCACUUACCUACGUUCCCGUCGGCCCGCUCUCCUCCUUCACCUCUACUGAGCCCUUCACAUGCCAAAAAGUCCGAAUCACCCUCGAAAAUGACAAAACCAAAAGCUUGGCCGUCUUUUACCGCCCAGAUAUGAAUCAAUUCUGGGCCGUCAAUAAUAUCUGCCCACAUCAAGGCGGGGCUCUCUCACGCGGAUCACUUGUAGAUAUUGAAGACAUGGGGAUUAAAUGGGGCGUUGCCAUUGUGUGCCCCUUGCAUGGGUGGGCUUUUUCGGGGGAUACGGGGGAGUGUGAUACUUCUGCGUAUGUUGUGGAUGUACAUCAUGUGCGGGUACAGGGGAGUGGAGAGGACGCGGUGGUGGAAGUGAGUAGAGAGGUGACGAAUAAGCAUGUAGGCGGACGGCGGAGGGAUUUUGGUGGAGUUGCGGUGGAGUGAUGCGAUGGAACAUUGGCGGUUUUGUUGAAAGUUAUUUUUUGGUGUAGACUGGUCUCUUAUAGGUGUAUAGAGUUGCGAUGUGGAACGUGAUGGGAGUUGGAACAUCAAGCUUUUGGAGGCGUAGUAUAUGAUUCGGGUUGAUGAGUGUGCAUAGUGGGCUUUCACUACCCUCAUCUGUGUGAAAGACAGGCGUGACCAUGAUCAUCCAAUGCGGUCGGAUCCUUUUAUGAAUACUAUCAGACAAUCUUGGACUGCUUUAUGUGCUGCCCUUUAUUAGCAGUGUGCGAUGGAAAUCCUUGAUUGGGUCGUCUGGCCUCUUUGGACUCGUUUUCACUUCACGGAUGAAGCAACAUUGGCGAGGACUUUUCGUAGGUUUGCCAAACCUUGGCUUCCACGCCUGCUUUGGCAUUGAGUUCACUCAUUGUGGCAAAGUCGAUGAAAAUCAAUUUUCUGGUCUCCUUGGUCGAUCUCUCAGUGCAAGUCUGUUGUCGUUGAUCUGAAUGCGAGUGCAAGUAUUGGCCCUUCCCCCGAAGAGGAUGCCAUCAUCACCCGAAGGCUCCGGCGAGUCGUUGCUCCUUCCAUUUCUGGCGCGCGCAAACGAUCAGUCCCAGGCGCCCACCUCAAAGAGGUUAUCACGUUGCAUUACUACAACGGCCUUUAAAGUUAUCCGGUAUACUUUUGGACCGAGUUGAGUUUUACGCCAGUACCCAUGGCUGGAGCGAGUUUUAUGCCAUCCCGAGGCGGAAGGAAAGAUGAAGAGAGAGUGGGGGGAUAUGGGAGAGGGUGCCUUUUUAUAACCCUGGGGGACUGCGCUUUUUUUUUGCAUUUCGGAAUUCUCGGCGGAAGAUAACGUUAUCCUCCGUACGUCAUUCUUCUGAGCACGCCAUGAAGGCCCAAUCAUCGUCGUCGUUUCCACCUCCUGGCAUGCGUUCCUUCCCCUAGCGCGAGUCAAGAUUAUGUAAACGCGCAUUUGUUUAUGUUCGGACAAAGCGAGAUCGGACACUUGUGGACUGCAUGUUGGUGGAAAGACGACGACGAAUUGGGUCUUGUUUCAGUGCUUUUGCCAAUGUGUGAUGGCAAUUUUAUUGCCGUUGGAGAAUCUGUUACGACGUUCACUGCCAAAAAGUAGGGCGGUUUCCUGGCUCGGCAAGUCUUCGGCAAUGUUUUUUCGCCAAGACUCGAGGCCAAUCUGGUAUUGGAGAGUGAUGGUGACCUGUUACCGUCCAUGCUCAAGGCUUUUCUCAAACGUGUGUGUAAUAUAAGCAUGUAACAAACGCUUUUGAGGUGCAUGCCCAUGCUAUUCAUGCGUGUAUGUCAUAUCUGCGCCGCUCUUUCAAG